AUGCUGCCACCAGUAGACGACAAUAUCCUCGAAAACAAUCCCGACUUUACAAGGUUAUACAAGACCCUCAAGACGUUAGUGCUUAACCCGGAUGGCACAUCAAGACGGAGUCAAGAAUCAAAAGAGAACGAAGCCAUUCGACGGCAAGCAGACCAUCAUCGUCUGAGAGUUGCAAAGCAGCAUCUACUCGAGCGAUCCAUUGCCAAUACCUCUCCUGCUGACACUCGACAAACCCCCGAUUCGCGCGCUCCAAGCGGCUUCUACAAUUGCCGUAACUCGACCGAGACCGACCAGUCCGAAUCCCUCCUCGACCUCCUACUUAUCCUCUCGCCGCUUCUUGACACCGCUCCCUCAAUCUCACCCGACUCCGCCGCCCUUCUCCUCAGAAGUAAGCCCCUUUCAGACCUCACGACUCUCGCUCCGGCGCUCGCGGCUCUCGUCUCCGCGAAUCUACACGCCACGGCUCUCGACCUGACGCGGCUCACGCACCCAUCGAGCAACCCUUCCACCGUCCAGCGACACAUACCGGCGCUUGAGAAUGACUACGCUUCACUGCAGGACCAACUCGCGACAGCUCGCGCCGGCCUCUUCGCCGCCCGCCUGCGCGCCGCCUCUGCGUUGACACAGCUUCUGCACAUAUAUGCCGAAGUGCUCGCGCGCCUCGUGCGCUGCCUCGAGGCCAAGCACGGGCCCGUCGCGCAGUCACUCGAACUGCGCGCCGCCGAGGUGGCGCUUCUGGCCCGGAAGACGGAAUCAGAGUCCGCGCAGAUGCUCCUUGGCCUACAGGACGAGGUUUACUCGUCCAAGGUCGUGUCGGCGCUGCGCACGUACGGCGAGCACCUGCGGGACGCCAAGAUGCGCGGCGUGGAGCGCGUGCGCAACCUGCAGCGCGAGCUUAAGGAGUAUGGCGUUGAUGCCGACGAUGGGGGUGACGGUGACAGCGCAAAGGAAAAGCUGAUGCGGGAGAUGGCAAAGGCGCACGAGGAAAUUGGGCGGCAAGUGGACGAGGUGACGCUAGAUUUGGAACGUCUUCAUACGCGAUAA